AUGACAUCGGCGUUCAGCUUCGGUUUCUCUGGAGAUGACAUCGACAUUGAUGAGAACGAUCUCAACGGUGGUGAUGAGAGAGAUAUGAAUGCUGGGGAGCAUGCCAGCAACCAGAUCACUGGAAGAUUAAUGGAACCUCAGAAACACGAUAUGGGAGAAUGGAUCACUACAUUGCCAUCACAAAUAUCAUACAACAAGCUCGUAAUAAAUGCAUCUCAUGGAGACGAGGAGACGUUCUCCCUUGCACGUCGAGAAGUCUUCGACAUUCGGACUCAGCUUAUGGCCGAAGACAGUGCAGACCAUGAGAAUGAGGAACUUAUCUCAGGGCUAGAGAAGGGGGAUAUCAAGCCCAAUUUCUACGAAGGUGGCUUCAAGACAUGGGAGUGUGCGUUGGAUCUUGCCAAAUUGGUUGCUAGUGAAGAUCUGUCUCAUCAAGAUGCGGACCAGCACAUUAUCGAGCUUGGGGCUGGGACUGCGGUACCGUCACUGACUCUCUUCGGGCAAGCACUGUGUCGACCGGACUCAGCGACGAACAAGAUCCAUUUCACAUUCGCAGAUUACAAUUCUGCUGUCCUUCGCCUAGUCACGUUUCCGAAUCUGCUUUUGACUUGGAACUACAUAGUCACGCAUAGGGAUCCGCCCUCGAGGGAGGCAACUUCGGCUGGGGACCAGCCUGAUGAAGAGGAACUCGACAUCACGCCUGAGCUCCUGGAGAGCUUUCAGCAAGAUCUUGCAAGGAGGAGGAUCACCUUUGAGUUCAUUUCCGGUGCCUGGUCCCCUGCCUUUGUGGACUUGGUAUUCUCCAGUUACGGCCAGGGCAAAGGGCAAACAUUGAUUCUUGCGAGUGAGACGAUAUACUCUCCGGCAUCUCUAGCGCCCUUCUCAGAGACCUUGAUUGCCUUGCUCCGCCGGUCUGAAACCGAACAAGCGCGGAGCAGAGCCCUUAUAGCAGCGAAAAAGGUCUAUUUCGGUGUGGGAGGUGGAGUAGACGAGUUUUUGACGGUGCUGAAAAACCUCAAUGGCAAUGGCCUGGAUGUGGAGGAGCAGGUGAAUAUCAACUCGGAAGGGGUCGGUCGAGUGAUAUUAAGGAUUGCGCUCAGGAGUACCUGA